GUAAGCUCAUCAUAUUCAGCGUUUUCCCCCCUAAAAGGAGCUUGUACUUGUUGUUUGUGCCUUGUGCGCUACAAACAAUUGAAUUUGGAGAUGCAAAUUGGCGCCGCCUUGGAAGCAUCCCAGUUAAACCGCGCCUAAAUUCCUCACGAAACAGCUUUCUGCGAUUCUUACAAAGAUCGCGGUGGGCUUCGAUUUUGAAUUUGCAAAGAAAAACUCAGUGAAAUGCCUUCGUCUUCUCUGUUCUUCGGACCCCCAGAAAUGGUUGUCAAGAAUCGCUUUCUGGGUUUCCUUAUUUGGCAGUCCAUUCCUUCAACCAUCGUCUUUUUCCUCUUCAAAAUCUUCAUUUCACCCAUUUCUUCUGUUUCUGUUAGCGAUUCCUCAAGUGGGUCUGGGAACCCAUCAGCCCCUUUUGCUUCAUUGCUCACUGGGUUCCUUACUUUUCUUACAUUUCAUCUCUCUCAACUCCUCUUCUCUGCUUCACUCUCUCUUCUUGCUUCGCCCCAGUUCGAACGACCUUCCGCGCCGCUCGAGCUCGCUUUUGUGCUCGUUCGGUUUCUUGUGGUUUCAGGCGGCGACAAUGCCUCAUCGGCGUCGGCUUCCAAGGAUUUUCGCCGUCGGGCUAUGGUUUCGUUCUAUCUGGUGCUGUUUGUAGUGGCAACUGCCGUUUCGGGUUCCUUGGCGGCGGUUUCUACAUGUUGGGGGAAAUCAGAUGAUCUUAGCAGUGCGUGGCAUACGGGUCUUUUGAUGGGUCUGAUUUAUGGCCUUUUCUAUGUCUACAAGAAGAGAUGGGUUCUAACGUUUCCAAUCAUACAGCGUCCCCCAUUUUUCAGCUUUAAGAUGGGUUUUCCGUCAGCUACCAUGUUGGCUUCCAAACUUUCUGCUGCAGCUUUCCUAUUUUCAGCAGUAUUAAUGGCGCUUCUGCCGGAUCAACUUAAGAGCAAUGCUACAGUCGGGAAAUUCAUUGCUAACCAGGCCAUUCUACUCAUUGGAAGCUUUGCAGUAUUUCUCUCUUGGGAAUUGACUCACCACUUACAUCGGGUUCUACACACCAAGAGGUUUGCUUUUGCACCUCCAAAGGGAUCUGCAGCUGUGGAAUCAAAUCCGAGCGAGUACCUCUUUGCAGCGUUGGACGACAGCAACCCAGGGUCUCUUUUGCAAUAUCUUGCAUUUCUUGAUCUUUGUAUGGUUUGUGAGACUAAUGUCGAUAUAUGGCGAAGAGCUGCAUUUUUUGAAGAAUCAGGCGAGACGUACAAGCGAGUUGUAUCCAUAUCAUUGAGGCCUCUGGAGCAGUUUGCCCUGAACUUGGGUGAAGGUUUGGAAGGUGCUGUGGACGUAACCUCCCAACUAUCCAAACAGUUAUUACCGCCAAAGGACUCUCACUUCGACUUGAAACAAUUGGAAACUCUUAAGAACUUUCAGGUGUAUGCAUGGUGUGCCCGAGCGGUUUCUAUGUUGACCGCUCGCUCACAUGUGGAAGAUCAAUUCGGGGUUGCCCAGCUCUCUGGUAGUAAUGCUACUGUUAUGUCAACACUGUUGUCUUGCCUGCUUGCUGUUGAAGUGCUGAUGGGGAAGAAGACUUAUAUACAAUCUUCACACGAUCUAUUUGGCCCGGCUGGUAUCAAAUGGGCAACAUCAAGUAUUAGAAGAGUAGAUUCUUCAGUUGGUAAAAAGAAAAGCGGUCCGCUGCACUCGAACGCAUAUGCAAUUGCAGACGUAUUGAGGGCGUCGAUCUAUCUCAUUGUUUCUGCAUUCCAUGACGAGAUGCUGAACAGUGCCAAGUCGGGUGUUCUUGAGAAAGAUUGGAUCACUUAUGAAAAGCUCCCUUUCGGUACUCGCGAGUUGCUUCUGCAAAAAUUGCAUAUUUUCUUGGACUUUGAAGCUUAGAUAUAACGGUGAAUUCAUCAUCAUUUUCCCGUUUGCGCCCCGUUCAUCGAGUUAUACCGAACCACCUUUAAGGCAGUUUUGUUGUGUUUGUUUCUUAAGUGUUGUAGCUGGAAUAUGAAGAGGUUGUUAGACUGAUGAAAGUUCACAAACUAAGUUGGUAAGUUCUUAAUACAUUGCCCUUUAUAAACACCAAUCUUUUAGUUGGA